AUGCGCUACUAUUACCGAAGCCGACCGAAUAGUCGAUGUGGAGAUACCCUUAACGCUGACGAUGUUGGAACGCAUGUUGCACUGGAAUUGCUCAAUGGAUCCCUGGGUGUCCGGACGCGAUUAGGUGGCAAAAAAGUGUAUUCGAGUAAUAUCGAGGAUAAAAUUGACGAUAAUAGAAUUGCAAUCGAUGGCGUGGAAAAAGCUAAAUUCGACGUUGAAAAUCGUUUCGAUCAUCCGCUUCUCGCCGACGCAUUGAUUUUGGGCAGCAGUGACAGUUCGCCGGAGGGCACAUUUUCAACGAAUGAUUACUUUAAAGGGACGCUGCAAGACGUACGAAUUAACGAUCGCGUGGUACCGUUGACUGAACUGCCUGCUGACGUCGAAGCUCAACAGUUCGGUGUUCGCGUUAAAGAAGAAAACAUUUUACAGACUCGCCAAGCGUAA